AAAAAAAAAACGUAUAAAUAGAGAUUGAUCUUUGAAAUAUCAACAUUCAGAUUGUCUUUCUGUAGAUAGUCACAACAAUGCGAGCCAUCUUGGUGUUGAGUUUGGCGGUCGUUGCUCCCCUUGCAGCUGGCCAAGGAGUAGCAUUCUCGGAUCGACCCUUCGUAGUUAGAACCAGCAGACCGUUAUCCACAACCACUAGUAAAAUCACACAAAACAAUCCAGGUCAAUACAACCCGAUCUAUAACAACCAGGGUAAAUACGACCCCAGCAAAUUUGGUCCUCGCGGUUACAGCUGGCGCGAAAGAGAUUCUUCAGGGCGUUACAUCCCUGAUGACUCGGGUCGUUACAAUGGCGACCGUGGUGACCGCGGUGGUGCGGGUGGUUUCUACAGCGGAUCCUCUGACAAGGGUGGACCCGGUGGUUUCUACGUCGGUUCCAAGGAUGAUAUCGAAAAGUACAAGCCUUACAAGGACGACCUUGGGAAAUACAAGCCUGAAAAGGAGUCUAGGCCCGCAACCGCUGCACCAAAGCCAUCUUCAGUGGCUCCCGUGACUGCCGCUGUUUCGACUCCAGCUCCAUACAGGCCAUCUCCUGCCCCAGUUGUUCCUAAAGUAGCCGUUACGACAGGCAACUAUGACUACAAAUACGGGAUCAUCCGCCAAGAGGGCGACAUUAACCCAGAUGGUUACCAUUACUUAUACGAAACUGAAAACAAGAUUCUUGCCGAGGAGGCUGGUCGUAUCGAAAAAGACGCCAACUUCGAAGGUAUGAGAGCUAAAGGUUUCUUCGAAUACGUAGGACCCGAUGGUGUGACCUACAGAGUAGACUACACAGCCGACGAGAGAGGUUUUAUACCUUCAGGUGCUCAUUUGCCUUAAUUUAAAUCUAGUCUCAAAUUAUAAUGUAUACCGCUACUUUGUACCUAUUUACUCUUGUACCUGUUUUUUAAAACGUUUUUCAACAUUGCUUGUUAAUAAACGUGAUAUGAAUUCCUA